UCACUCACUAAUCCAAUAUCUCGAUAUUCAAGCUAAAGCUUAAGCAAAGCAUACGAAGCCAGCUAGUUCUCAAUGGAGGCACGCAGUAGCAUUUUCCUACUAGGCCUUUGCCUUCUCUUUGCUUCAUCGGCAAUGUCGACCUUGGCCGAUCCCAAAGCUCACCACCAUGAAUUUGUUAUCCAAGCAACACCAGUGAAGAGGCUGUGCAAGACCCACAACACCAUCACAGUGAAUGGACAGUUCCCUGGACCGACCUUGGAAGUAAACAAUGGCGACACUCUGGUCGUCAAAGUCACUAACAAAGCUCGAUAUAAUGUCACUAUUCACUGGCAUGGCAUUCGGCAAAUGAGAACCGGAUGGGCGGAUGGGCCCGAGUUUGUUACUCAAUGUCCUAUUAGACCAGGUAGGAGUUACACCUACCGGUUUACAGUCCAAGGUCAAGAAGGUACUCUGUGGUGGCACGCUCAUAGCUCAUGGCUUAGAGCCACCGUGUAUGGAGCACUUAUUAUUCAUCCGAAACAAGGAGACUCGUAUCCAUUCACUAAACCGAAUCGUCAAGCAACACUUCUUCUUGGUGAGUGGUGGGAUGGUAACCCUAUUGACGUGGUGAGGAGGGCGACUCGCACAGGAGCAGCUCCAAAUGUUUCUAACGCAUAUACCAUUAACGGUCAACCCGGAGAUCUUUACAGUUGCUCCAGCAAAGGCACCGUCAUUGUUCCAAUAGACUCUGGUGAGACCAACCUACUGAGAGUGAUAAACGCCGCCCUCAACCAACCUCUUUUCUUCUCCGUCGCCAACCAUAAACUGACUGUGGUUGGUGCUGAUGCCUCGUACACCAAGCCUUUCACCACCAAAGUUCUCAUGCUAGGCCCAGGCCAGACUACUGAUGUUUUAAUCACCGGGGACCAGCCACCAUCUCGAUACUACUUGGCGGCGAGUGCCUAUUUCAGUGCACAAAAUGCUGCAUUUGAUAACACCACCACCACAGCCAUUCUUGAAUACAAGUCCGUUCGUUGCAACACAACGAGUUGCAAAAAGGGUAAAAGAGUAAUUAAACCCACAAUGCCACAGCUGCCAGCUUUCAAUGACACAAACACUGCAUCUGCCUUCACUAAGAGCUUCAGAAGCCCUAGAAAAGUCGAAGUCCCAACUGAAAUCGACGAGAACCUCUUCUUCACAAUCGGCCUCGGACUCAACAAAUGCCCCAAGCACUUUCGAUCUAGAAGGUGCCAAGGCCCCAAUGGCACACGCUUCACUGCUAGCAUGAACAAUGUCUCAUUUGUGCUUCCAAACAACAUGUCAAUUCUCCAAGCUUACCAGCAAAACAUUCCUGGAGUUUACACUAGCGAUUUUCCAGCCAACCCACCACGGAAGUUUGAUUACACUGGGAAUGUCAGCCGCUCGCUUUGGCAACCCAGUUCUGGAACAAAGGCAUACAAGUUGAAGUACGGGUCUAGGGUGCAGGUGGUGUUACAAGACACAAGUAUUGUCACACCCGAGAACCAUCCCAUUCAUCUCCACGGUUAUGAUUUCUACAUCCUUGCAGAGGGUUUUGGAAAUUUCAACCCCAAGACGGAUACUAAAAUGUUUAAUCUUGUUGAUCCACCUCUAAGGAACACGGUCGCGGUGCCCGUAAAUGGUUGGGCAGUCAUCAGAUUUGUAGCUGACAAUCCAGGUGCUUGGAUGAUGCAUUGUCACUUGGAUGUUCAUAUCAACUGGGGUUUGGCCAUGGUUUUCUUGGUGGACAAUGGAGUUGGGGAGCUGCAAUCAAUAGAGCCACCGCCGGUGGAUUAUCCUCUGUGUUCCUAAGAUCAACGAUCAUCAAUUAAAGGGAGUCAGGAUUUCAUUCUUUUGUUCCCCCUAAAUUCAGGGUUUACGCAGUUCGUGGUUUUUGCUCAGUUUUGUUUUUGAUACUAGCUUGUAGCUGUUUUAAGAAGAUAGUCAUGGGGUUGCAGAACUCCGUACUUCACUUUAGAUGUCGAACACAGAUGUGUGAGUUUUGAUUCAUAGAUGUUUCCCUUCAAGGGCAGUGAUAAUGAAGAUCAGAUCGAGUUCAAUGA